ACGGGGUACCGCGGCGUCCGCACGCGCCCUAAAGGUACGUAUUACGCGGAGAUACGUGACGGCGGCAAGCGCAUCGGCCUCGGCACCUACGAGACCGCGCACGAGGCCGCGCGCGCGUACGACGCCGUGGCGUGGCGGCUCGGGCGCCCGCGAUCGUCGAUGAAUUUCCAUGACGUGUGGACGCGCCAGCAGGUCGAGGAUCUCGCGCCGCCGCCGUACAUCAUUAGACAGGAGGAACAGCGCCGCCGCCGCGAGACGGAGCGCCGUUUGCGCAUCGCCGAGCGGGACGAGCGCGCGGCGCGCGAGUGGGCGGCCCGCUUCCCCGAGGACGUUGCCGCC